CUCGCCCGGCGCUCCGGCUCCCGCUCCCACCCGGCCACCCCUGCCGCGAGCGAACCCUGCGCGGGCGGUACCCCUUUCCCCUGCGUACAUGGACAUCUGAAAGUGCCACCACCAGACACCACAGGCAUGGAGACCUCCUCGAUGCUGUCCUCGCUGAAUGAUGACUUUAAGUCUGACAACUACAUUGAACCUCACUACAAGGAGUGGUAUCGGGUAGCUGUCGACACGCUCAUCGACCACGGAUUAGAAGCAUACCAAGAAUUUCUUGCCGCAGAACGAGUUUCGGACUUUUUAGCUGAGGAAGAAGUUAAUUAUAUUUUGAAAAAUGCCCAGAAGCCCACACAGAGCACGGUGCACGGAACUGAUCAUUCCUGCAAUGACAACUCGUCUUCAGGGACAUACUGGCCCCUGGAGUCCGAAGCAGAAGCCCCCAACCUUGAUUUGGGCUGGCCCUACGUGAUGCCUGGGCUCCUCGGGAGCACCCACAUAGAACUCCUCUUCCAUCCACCCAGGGCACAGCUGCUGACAGUAAAGGAGACUAUUCGGAAGAUGAUCAAGGAAGCUAGAAAGGUCAUUGCCAUAGUUAUGGAUAUAUUUACAGAUGUGGACAUUUUCAAAGAAAUAGUGGAGGCCUCGACUCGAGGGGCAUCUGUGUAUAUCUUACUCGAUGAGCUCAACUUCAAGCACUUUUUCAGCAUGACCGAGAAGCAGGGCUGUCCAGUUCAACGUCUCAGGAACAUUCGAGUUCGGACAGUAAGAGGCCAAGACUAUCUUUCAAAAACGGGAACAAAAUUCCAUGGAAAAAUGGAGCAGAAAUUUUUGUUGGUCGACUGCCACAAAGUGGUCUACGGCUCCUACAGUUACAUGUGGUCGUUCGAGAAAGCUCACCUCAGCAUGGUUCAGGUCAUCACGGGCCACCUGGUCGAGUGCUUCGACGAGGAGUUCCGAACCCUCUACGCCAGGUCCUGCGUCCCCAGCGAGCUGGCGCAGGGAGAACUGGCGCGGGCGAAGCAGGGCCCGGCGCUCUGGGAGAACGGCGGGUAUCGGGGCUCGUUAUCUUCCUUAGCUUCCAUUUCCAGCCAGAGAAACCUUUUUGGACGACAGGACAACACUCACGCCCUGGACUCCACUCACUUCAGAGGCCGCGGGAUGUACCCCCCCAACGAGCACGACAAGUUGGGCGUCCGCACUCACGGGUACAAACCUUUUGUGCCCAACUUUAACGGGCCCAGCGCAGCGCGCCAGCUGCAGCUCGGUCAGAAGAACGGGAGCUGGAAGAGGCACAGCUACGCCGGGGAGCAGCCCGAGAGCACGCCCUACCUGCUGCUCAGCCGCGCCCUGCCCCGCGCCGGCGCCUUCGCCGACCGGCUGGCCCAGCGCAGAGCCGCCCACCUGCCCGAGAGGAACUCCGCCGUGCGCAGGUCCUUCAACGGGACCGACAGCCAGGUGCGCCUGCUGCAGCAGCGCAUGCCCACGCUGGAGCGCACCACCAAGUCCUUCCUGCGGAACCGCAGGAUCGAGUCCUACUUGAACGACACCUCGGAAGCGGGGCCGGACUCCAACGGCGUGGCCUCGGCCGAUCGAGGGGAAGCCUGCGAGAGUCCCGAGAGUCUGCAAGCCAGCGCCCGCUACGCACACUCCCGCCUUCGCUCCUCUCUGGCCUUUAAACCAACUUUACCGGAGCAGCAGGAGGUUAACAGCUGCACAACGGACUCCUCGAAUUCGACUAUCAUUGGUUCCCAGGGAAGUGACAGACCCAGGCCGACCCCCGCCAGCCCUGCAGACGCACGGCGUGUGACACAGAAACCGCUGCCUGAGUCAGGCCCCAAGAUCGCCACACCGGCAGAGGCUGCAAAGCCCCAGGUGCUGCCGAUUCCCGAGCACCAGCCAGCGGUUUUUGAUCAAACAGCGGAGAGCCACACAGAAGGGAGCCACUAUGUGCAUGCAGGCUUGGGCGUGGACAAGCAGACAGAAAAGUUCAAGAGUCAACAGCAUGAAAAUCUGCUUAAAAGACGAAGUUUUCCAUCCUUUGACCACUCAAAAUCAGGCUUAGAUCAUGGAAACAGUAAGAAUUACGUCUACAGCACACUCAUGAGGAACCGGGUUAGACAGCCAGAAAAGCCCAAAGAGGACUUGCUGAAAAGUUCCAAAAGUAUGCACAAUGUGACCCACAACAUAGAGGAGGAGGAGGAGGAAGAGGGGACCAAGAGGGGCCCCCCCGGGGGCACCACCAAGUCCAUUUCCAUUGCUGCUUUACUAGAUGUGAAUAAAGAGGAGCCCAGCAAGGACCUCACGUCAAAGAAGGAUGCCAAGGGCUCUCCAGGGUUUUUGAAAAAGGGAUCUCAGAAGUUAAGGUCCUUUCUUAGCCUUACCCCAGAAAAAAAAGAGAAUCUAUCGAAAACCAAAGCGUCUGCGUUCUAUAGAAUGUGCAGUAGCUCUGACACAUUAGUUUCUGAGGGGGAAGAGAAUCAAAGACCAAAGAAAUCCGAACCCAAAGUGGAUUCCUCUCCAAGAAGGAAACGCUCCUCUUCUUCAAACUCUCAAGGCAGCCUCCACAGGAGCAAGGAGGAUGUGGCAGCAGGUAGCCCGCGUCAGGGCGUCAGUUCCUCCUCAGAUGAGAGCAGUAAACUAAAGCCUCCCCCAAGUCCAGCUGAAAGGAAGUUCUCGGAGCGCGGAGGGAACGCCUCCACCCCUAGGUUUAACACUGAGCAGAUUCAGUACCGAGACUCCAGGGAGAAGCAUGGAGUUGUGGCCCCUGACCGGAGAUUACCCCCUUCCCCGAGGCCGAAGCCCAGUGAGCUGCUGAGAUCUCACUCAACAAACCAGCGUGUUUACAGUCGUUUUGAGCCAUUUUGUAAGAUCGAGAGCUCCAUUCAACCAACGGGCAGCGCUGCGAACACCAGCGGGAGCCAUCCGGAGAGGAAGACAGCGUCUAUAGGCAACAGUUACGGCAGGGCCAGCCCUAUGCUGAGCUAUAAUGCUGGCAUUUAUCAAGCCUAUCAGCCCCAUGAAAACAAGUUUCGAGGGUUUAUGCAGAAAUUUGGGAACUUCAUACACAAAAAUAAAUGA